GGAGGGCUCUCCAGGGUGAAGAAAAACAGAGGUCACAGCCACCCCCACGGCUCCCGCCCCCAGCUAUUAGGGCACCUGCACCAAGCAGGGCACUCCGGCUUUGGAGGGGUCAUGGGCAAGUCACACCUACCGCUGUGGCUGCUGCCACUGCUGCUGCCUGCCCUCUGUGGUACAGGUGCUGCUGUGUGGGCCGUUUCACCCUUGGCCUGUGCUCAGGGCCCUGCCUUUUGGUGCCAAAGCUUGGAGCAAGCAGUGCAGUGCAAAGCCCUGGGGCACUGUCUUCAGGAAGUCUGGGGACAUGUGGGAGCCGAUGACCUGUGCCAAGAGUGUGAAGAUAUCGUUAACAUUCUCAUCAAGAUGACCAAGGAGGCCAUUUUCCAGGAAACGGUGCGGAAGUUCAUGGAACACGAGUGCGAUGGCCUCCCCUUGAAGCUGCUGGUGCCCCAGUGUCACCACGUGCUCGACGUCUACUUCCCCCUGGCCAUCGCCUACUUCCAGAGCCAGAUUAGCCCAAAAGCCAUCUGCCAGCACGUAGGACUGUGCCCACCCGGGUCACCAGAGCUGGAGCAGAAGCCCAGAAUGGCAGCUCCUUCCCAAGAUCCUUUGCCUGACAAGCUGGUUCUCCCCAAGUUUCUGGGGGCCCUCCCAGCGAAGCCUGGGUCUCACACUCAGGAUCUCUCCCAGCAGCAGUUCCCCAUCCCUCUACCCUUCUGCUGGCUCUGCAGGACCCUUCUCAAGCGGGUCCAGGCUGUGAUUCCCAAGGGUGUGCUGGCCUUGGCUGUGGCCCAGGUGUGCCACGUGGUACCCCUGGUGGCGGGUGGCAUCUGCCAGUGCUUGGCUGAACGUUACACUGUCAUCCUGCUGGAUGCACUGCUGGGCCGUGUCCUGCCCCAGCUGGUCUGUGGCCUUGUCCUCCGAUGCUCCAGCGAGGACAGCGGUGACCAAGUCCUGCCUGCUCCUGAGACCCUGCCAGGGGAGUGGCUGUCGCAAGAUUCCGAAUGCCAUCUCUGUAUGUCAGUAAUGAGCCAGGCCAGGAACAGCAGCGAGCAGGCCAUGCCACAGGCGAUGCGCCAGGCCUGCCUCAGCUCCAAGUUUGACAGAAAAAAGUGUGAGCAGUUUGUGGAGCAGCACACACCCCAGCUGCUGAGCAUGCUUUCCAGCGACUGGGAUGCCCGCACCACCUGCCAGGCCCUGGGGGUGUGUGUGACCAUGCUCAGCCCUCUCCAGUGCAUCCAUAGUCCCAACUUCUGAUGAGGCUUCAGCUGUGCAGGUGAGUCCAGGGUAUCAGGAGGGUCUGGGCUGGGACAGGCAGGCGGCUUCAUCCCUCCCUUCACCUCCUCCUCUCGCUGAGGGCCUCUGGUGGCACCAUUAGGAAAACUCACAUUUAACCCCUCAGGACAGGGCCAGUCUCCUUUGCCCAGGCCCCAGAGCUCCCAGCUGUCCCUGCUGAAACAGGAAGGGCAGUGGGCUGACAAGGGGAAUCCAGGCUCUGGUCCCACCUCCCUGGUCCUCCUGGUGCUGAGCUGCAAAGCAGGAGCUAGGCUGAACUCUGGUCCUUGCCAGCUGCCCACA